AUGGGUAAGAAGAAAAACAAGAAAAUUGUUCGUCCAUGGUGCUGGUAUUGUGAAAGAGAUUUUGAAGAUGAAAAGGUUUUAAUCCAGCAUCAAAAAGCAAAACACUUUAAAUGUCCUCACUGCAACAAAAAAUUAAACACGGCAGGUGGAAUGGUUGUUCAUGUAGCCCAGGUUCACAAAGAAACAAUUGACACGGUUCCAAAUGCAUUAAAAGGACGGGAAUCAACGGAUGUAGAGAUAUUCGGUAUGGAAGGAAUUCCCCAAGCUGAUAUGAUAGCUCAUAUGCAUGCGCUUGAAACUAAUCAGCCAUCAAAGAGAAUUAAAACCGAAGAACCUAUGGACCUUUCUAGUGAGGAGAUUAAAAAGCAACUUGCUCAACAUCAAGCAAUGAUGCAAAAUAAUCCAACAGCUGGCCAAUCUUUCCCUUAUUCUGGUUAUACUGCGCAACAAAAUAUGGCAUCGUUGAUGCCUCACCAGUACAGUCAAUUUUAUCAAAGGCCUGGUGUUAAUUCAGCUCAAACAUAUUCACCUGUUGCUCCAUACCGACCGGGUCAAAUUCCUGGACAAUCUCUUAUAUCUGGUCAACCAUGGCGUCCUCCAGUAUCAGGUGUUAGUCAACCAUUAUAUGGAACAACCCAACCUCCAUAUGGAGGACAGAUUCAACCAGCCACAACGGGACAAUCAGCGAUUUAUCCACCUCGUCCAGCUAAUAGUGUUGCACCUGCAUCUCAAAUUUACUCACAAGUUUCAAAUGCUGGAAUGCCUCCAUCAGUUCCUUCCGUUGGCGAAACGACUACAAAUGAAACUGCUUUGAACAACGCAGCACAAUCAAACUCUCAACUGACAUCUCAAAAAUCAGUGCCAAAAGUCGUAUUGGUUUACAGUGAUAAUGAAGUUUCGAUGGAAGAAAAAAGAGCAGAACUUGAAAAAUAUCGAUAUAAUGAAGAUCAAUUCAGACAGCAG